AUGUGGGAGGCGAAGUUGGAGCCCAGCGACAUCUUUACUACAAUCUACAACGCUGGGAUCAGCGCGUGCGAGAAAGGCGAGCAGUGGCAGCGGGCACUGGCCUUGCUCUGCGAGAUGCGGGAGGCGAAGUUGGAGCCCGACGUCACGCGCUACAGCGCCGGGAUCAGCGCGUGCGACAAAGGUCAGCAGUGGCAACGGUCGUUGUCUCUGCUCGGCGAGAUGCGGGAGUCCAGAUUGGAGCCCAAUGCCAUCAGCUACGACGCUGCGAUCUGCGCGUGCGAGAGGUGCGGCCAGUGGCGGCAGGCGGUGGCGCUGCUCAGCAAGAUGCGGGAGCGCAGUAUGAGGCUUGACGAAGUCAGUCACAAUUUGGGUGUCUGUAUCGAGUGCUUACGAGAGGUCAUCUCGCGACUCGGCAGGAUUUCCUUGCUAUCCUCAGAUCGGUUUUUCGCGCUUCCGAGCAUGCAAUGA